UGUCUCGCGCCAAGUCAAAAUAAAUUCAGCCAUACGACACAUAAAGGGAAAGGCGGGAGGAGAGAGAAAACAGAGACCGUCGAGCUACUGUUUCGGAAAAGAUAGCGAGAGAGACAGAGUGAGGGUUUCGAGUUUGGACAAUGGCGUCUUCUCCGUCUUCCUCCUCUUACUCUGCGUACUCGACCCCGUUCUCAUCGUCGUGGAAAUUCCCUGAUCUUCCCGUAGCGGCACUUAGAGACAAGAUCGUUGAAAAGAUUCAGGAAAAUCGCGUCACUCUGAUCGUCGGCGAAACCGGCUGUGGGAAGAGUUCGCAAGUCCCACAAUUCCUUCUAGAAGAAAACAUGGAGCCCAUAUUAUGUACACAGCCGAGGAGAUUUGCCGUCGUUGCAGUUGCUAGGAUGGUGGCUAAAUCUCGCAAUUGCGAAAUAGGUGGUGAGGUUGGUUACCAUAUUGGUCAUUCAAGGGUAGUGUCAGCAAGAUCCAAGAUUGUCUUCAAAACUGCUGGAGUUUUGCUGGAUGAAUUGCGGGAGAAGGGAUUGAAUUCCCUGAAGUACAAGGCUAUCAUUCUAGACGAAGUACAUGAACGAUCUGUAGAGUCCGAUCUUGUUCUUGUUUGUGUGAAGCAGUUUUUGAUGAAAAACAAUGACUUGCGGGUGGUAUUGAUGUCUGCUACUGCUGAUAUUGCAAGAUACAGAGAUUACUUCAAGGAUCUCGGUAGAGGUGAGAGAGUAGAGGUGCUUGCGAUCCCCAGCUCCAGUCAGAAUACGCUCUAUCAGCGAAGAGUAUCAUACCUUGAACAGGUAACUGAACUUCUCGGAAUAAGUUCUGAGAACUUGUCUUUGAAAUAUUGUUCGGGGCCAACCCCUUUCAUUGCUGGUGCUGAUAUCAAGCCUGAAGUUCACGAACUUAUACAUAACUUGGUGUUGCACAUUCAUAAAACUGAGCCAGAUAUCGAAAAGAGCAUUUUGAUUUUUCUUCCAACAUACCAAUCACUUGAGCAGCAAUGGUCCCUUCUGAAGCCUUUCAGCUCUCGUUUUAAAGUUCACAUCUUACAUAGCAGUAUUGAUACUGAGAAAGCUCUCAUGGCCAUGAAAAUAUGGAGAUCCCAUCGUAAAGUAAUAUUGGCCACUAAUAUUGCAGAAUCUUCAGUUACGAUUCCCAAAGUAGCCUUUGUAAUUGAUUCAUGCCGAUCCUUACAAGUUUUCUGGGAUAGUAAUAGGAAGAUGGAUUCGGCAGAGCUCACUUGGGUUUCUAGAUCUCAGGCUGAGCAGCGGAAGGGAAGAACAGGUCGGACUUGUGAUGGUCAGAUUUAUCGAUUGGUUGAAGGAUCGUUCUUCAAUCAGCUACAGGAAUUUGAGUGCCCAGCGAUAAUGAGAUUGUCAUUGAGACAACAAGUUCUUCUAAUUUGCUGUGCUGAGUCUAAACCCAUCAAUGAUCCCAAAGUCUUGAUGCAGAAGGCUCUGGACCCUCCUGAUCCAGAAGUUGUUGAAGAUGCGUUGAGUUUGCUUGUUCACAUCCAUGCAUUGGAGAAAACAUCUAGGGGGCGGUAUGAGCCAACAUUCUAUGGACGAUUGCUUUCCAAUUUCUCAUUAUCAUUCGAAGCUUCCAUGCUUAUACUCAAGUUUGGAGGCAUGGGAAUGCUACGUGAAGGCAUUCUACUUGGUGUACUGAUGGAUACACAACCUCUACCUAUUCUUCGUCCUUUCGGAAAGGACAUUUUGUUUGGAAUGUACACCGACAACUACUAUUCUGGAGAUAAUAAGAAUACUGUGCUAAAUGGUAGAAAGGAGGUGGUAUCUAUGGCAAACCUCUGUGCAUUUCAAUUUUGGCAACGCAUUUACAAGGAUAAGCUUCGUCUUAAACGGCUGAAACAGCAUUUAAACUUUGAUGAGACAAAAGUUUCGGAAGAAGAAUGGUGCUCUUUCCACAAUCUUGUUCAACCAUCAUUACAUCAUGUUGCAGAAAUAUAUGAAGAAGUACUAAAUUCUAUUCAUCGGUUUCGGCCCCAAUUUCUGUCUGAAUCUGAUGGUCUACCAUCAUAUUAUGAGCCUUACCAGUUUCAACAUACAUGUCUUCUCACAUGUCAGCAAGAUGGAGAUACAGACGAGCUUGCUACAGAUAAUGAGGACCUCGAGCUGAGCGAAACAACGAAAUGCAUUUCUGCCCCAUUUGUUCCCUCCAACUACUUCAAGUCCUGUGAGGUGGCUGAAAGGUUCGCAAUUGUAAUCAAAGAGAUAAGAGUUAAAGAUACACAAGACAUUUCUGGUGAUGAGAACAAAUAUGUGAGUGGUGAUGGUCCUUAUGUCCCCGGGCAAGCUUCUCUAUGUAAAUAUUUUGUGAAAGGGCUGUGCAACAGGGGAAACCAAUGCUUGUUUUCUCAUUCCCUUCAAUCUCACAGGCCUGUAUGCAAGUUCUUCCUAUCUUUGAAGGGUUGUAAAAAUGGAGAUGAUUGUUUCUUUUCUCAUGACUUGGGUCAAUCAACUUCAUCUUUUCAUCGACCGAGUUUAUGCUUGCCAGAAGAUGGACAUGUUGAUGCUGCAUUACUUCUGAGAUUGUUUCCCACAUCUUCAAAAGGAUGCAUUCUUCUAUUGGAUGACACUGGUUUGCAUUUCUCUUUACAUGUUGCUAACCACUACGAUCCAUCCCGAAUGAUAUCCACAACAAGUCUACCAAAGGGUUCCAUACUUGAGCCAUCUCUUGCCAAUGUCCGAAUUCUUUGGGGGCUUUCUCACCUCAGCCAGACAACCCUCACCAGAGCAGCGGACAGCCCAAUCCCUUGGAAUGAUGUCAAGUGUGUGUUGUGGUUUCCUAACUUUGAUAGCAACAGUGAAAACUGGGAAGAACAGAAAAGUGUUGUCAGAAGUUUCUACGAGUGUCUAGCCAUCCGUAUAACGGAAGAUGCCUUGCUUGAAGUGCAAGUUAUACUUACUAUGAACAAUAUACGGUUUUCUCAAUUACAGGUGGAAAAGUUGGGGAGAGAGAGCUUCUUUUUCCUUGGAGAGUCGUUCCCAUUUGACGAAUCAAGCUUCGGGAAGUUGUCGGAUAAAGUGAACAUUAAGAAGCCGAUGGUGGUAUCAAAGCCCAUCUCCUAUGUUUUCUACAUGAAUCCUCCUCCUGACGUCCCCUCAGAUGACUACACAACUGCAUUUUAUCAGCUUGCACUAUGAUGUUGAGUCCAAUAAAUCAUGAAAAACCAUUUUGCAGUAUGGUAUGUACAUUUUGAAGUCUUUUGCGUGCAUUAGCUAAAUUAUUCUGUAAGAUGGACUCCCAGGUGAUUAGAAUUGCUUCAGAUGGGCAUGAUUUCUUCAGGUCAUGGUGAUUUUGUUUAUAUUUGUAAUCACUAUAUUAAGUGUUUGUUGUCUUGUUUUGUUUGUAUUUUGGACUGGUGGAAGCUUUAUCAUCAUACUUUGAGUCAUAGAUGAAGGUUUGUAGUUGGGAUUUCUCAUAUUUAUCUUUCCAGUUGAUGGAUUUUGGAAUGGCCA